GGUUUUAAACCUUAAACCCUAAACAUGUUUGGUCGUAUUUAAAUAAUUUAUUUAUAGACCAUAAUCGGAGGCAGUUUUACUAAAUUGAUAAAUUAUGUUAUGAGAGGAUUUGAAUUUGAAGGUGAAUCUGGAGAAAGAAAGGAAGGUAGGAGGAGAAAAGCAAGUGGGGGUCCCGCAUGAAACCGAAGCUUAUCACUUAUCACAUUCACAACACGUACGCGCCAACAUCAUUCAACUUGUUCAUUUCCUAACUCAUCACUGUGCGCAAUGCCAUGAAGCCCCCUUCCACCGCCGCCGCCACCAUCCAAUCCGCCUACCGCGCCCACCGGAUCCGCUCCCUCUACCGGAAAAUCGCCGCCGUCGACUCCGAGGCGGAUGAGCUGCAGCGCCUGAUCCAGCGGCAGGACACGGUGGACGCCGUCCGCACUAACCACCUGGAGAAGCUGAGAAUGAACGAGGCGCUCAUGGCCCUGCUGCUCAAGCUCGAUUCCGUGCCCGGGAUUGAUCCUACGCUCAGAGACGCCAGAAGGAAAGUCACCCGUCGGAUCGUGGGCCUUCAGGAAAUACUGGACUCUGUCUCCGAAGCCCAAAUUGACGAAUCCAGUUGGUGGCCCAUGAACAAUUGGGACGAAGUCAUUGCCGACAUGGAGGAGACUAUUUGUCGGGAGAGAGGCGGCGAUGAAAUGGAAACCUUUUGCGCCCAAAAUCUCGGCUUUCGCUGCCUACAAAGUAUGAAAGUGCUGGUGGGCGAGGUACUAGUUGAUGCAGCUGCACUUGCACUUGGACAUGCAUUUCUUGCAGUCAGAGAGUGUAGGGUAGCCGUUGUUGCAGUCGCAUUUGUUGAUGCAAUCGGGCCUUGAAGUGCCAUCCCACAAGCAGCGAGCCAUGCAGUGUAGGAUUGGGGAGCAGGAUGGACAAGCGUUUUGCAUCUGGUUUACUAUGCAGUCUUUGCAGCCCCUUCCGUCUGUGGGUGGACAACUCAUGACAGGUAAAGCCACCAUCAUCAAUAUCAUAAUCAGCAACACCGCUUUUGCAUGGAGUUGGAGUUGGACUGCUGCUCUGCAUUUCUUCUUCGUCUCCAUGUGAACCCAAUGUUUUAUCUUGCACAUGUGCUUUUCACAAAUUGUGGAAAGUAGUGUGUCUUGACAGAGAGAUAUAUGGUAGGAGUUGCUAACUAGCUAUGCCACUUCCUCGUAUAUAAAAAUUUGACUGAAUUUUAAGAUUCACACAUGCAUCGAUAGUGAGGAUGCAUUUAAUUUCUUGCCCGACCUUGCAAUUAACCACCACAUUUACUCGUAUGAC